CUCCACCUCCUCAGGGCUGGGGCAGCAGCUGCUGGGCAAGUCAGCUUUAGUCUCCCUGCUUUCCUAGUCUCUGAACCGCCUUCCUGCAGAGCUGGAGUUGACUGUGAAGUUGUCGAACUUACUGGACCCUUCCAGGAAGCUACCUAUGCCCAGCUGGGGCACAACCCCAGCUGAUGCCCCAGAGAGGCCACCUAUCUCAGGAGAGCCUUUGGGCCUUGCCCUCCCUCCCCAUGGCGCACGGACUGGGAUCUGAAGCUGAGGGAUUGCUGGACCUCAGCUUCCUGACAGAGGAGGAGCAGGAGGCCAUCUCUGACGUCCUCAAACGAGAUGCUCGCCUGCGCCAGUUGGAGGAAGGGCGGGUCAGCAAGCUCCGGGCCUCACUGGCGGACCCCUGGCAGCUGAAGAUCCUGACAGGAGACUGGUUCCAAGAAGCACGGUCCCAGCGACACCACCACGCCCAUUUUGGUUCCGACCUUGUCCGGGCUUCUAUCCGAAGGAAGAAGAGCUCUAAGGGGGACCAGGCUCUGGGGAGUGAUGGUGAAGCAGAGGCUGCAGGGGAAGACGCCAUUGAAGAAGAGCUGGAGUCCAGGGUCUCCACAGAGGUGGCUGCUCCAGAGAGGCACACAGAGACCCAAGAGCCCGAUUUCUCCUCACCAUGUGUACCCUCAAAGGCUUCCGGUCAGGAGGAGGAGCCUCAGGACCGGGAAGCCCCUGGCCAAGGGGGUGUGCAGGUGGCAGAGGCGGACCCAGAGCUGGAUCCUGGGCAGGAGGCGGAGCAGGAGUCCCGGCCAACUCCAGCCCAGACCAAGACGACCUCCAAGAUCGUGGAGAAUGGAGAAGAGGCCCCGGGGCUCGGCCCCUCUCUUGACCGCAUGCUAAGCAGCAGCUCCUCUGUGUCCAGCCUCAAUUCCUCUACGCUGAGCGGCAGCCUGAUGAGCCUAUCGGGGGAGGCGGAGGCGGGCACAGUGCAGGUGCGGGGUUCCGUGCUCUUCUCCCUGCGCUACGAGCCUGGCACCGCUGAGCUGCGAGUACAGGUGAUCCAGUGCCAGGGCCUGGCCGCUGCCCGGCGUCGCCGCUCCGAUCCCUACGUGAAAAGCUACCUCCUCCCGGAUAAGCAGAGCAAGCGCAAGACGUCGGUGAAGAAACGGAAUCUGAACCCGAUCUUCAACGAGACUCUGCGGCACUCUGUCCAGCAAGCUGACCUCCCAGGCCGUGUGCUGAGCCUGUCCGUGUGGCACCGCGAAAGUCUGGGUCGCAACAUCUUUCUGGGAGAGGUUGAAGUGCCACUAGACACGUGGAACUGGGACUCUGAGGCUACCUGGCUCCCCCUUCAGCCUCGGGUUCCUCCCUCUCCAGAUGAGCUUCCCAGCCGUGGACUGCUGUCUCUGUCCCUCAAAUACGUCCCUGCUGGCUCAGAGGGAGGAGGACAGCCUCUGAGUGGGGAGUUACACUUCUGGGUAAAGGAAGCUCAGGACCUUGUACCACUGCGGCCAGGAUCCCUGGAUACUUACAUUCAAUGCUCAGUGCUGCCUGAUGACAGUCGGGCCAGCCGCCAGCGCACAAGAGUGGUUCGAAGAAGUCUCAGCCCCGUGUUCAACCACACCAUGGUGUAUGACGGCUUUGGGCCUGCUGACCUACGCCAGGCCUGUGCUGAGCUCUCCCUGUGGGACCAUGGGGCCCUGGCCAGUCGCCAGCUGGGGGGCACACGGCUCAGCCUUGGUACCGGCAGCAGCUAUGGGCUCCAGGUGCCCUGGAUGGAUUCCACACCCGAGGAGAAGCAGCUGUGGCAGACACUCCUGGAGCGGCCCUGUGAGUGGGUGGAUGGCCUUCUGCCCCUCAGGACCAACCUGGUCCCCAGGGCAUAGCCUUGUCGAACCCCUCUGUGGACUCCCACCUAAAGCACGUUCAUGGCCGGAAUCAAUAAAGUCUGUUUACAGAGCCA